UUUUUCAGAGAAUAUACGCACGAUGACGAGAAAGCUGGGAGAAGCUCAACAAAUGCAUUUCGCGGAGUAUGCAGUUGCAGUACCGGCAAAUCACAACCAUGUGAUCCUACUGAUAAGCAAUUUAAUACUUUGAUUCCAUGGUGUUUGCCACAUACCUCGAGCCGACACAACAAUUGGAAGGGUCUGUACGGGAGAAUUGAAUGGAAGGGAUUUUUCAGUACGACUAUUACAAAUCCAGAGCCGAUGGGCAAAAUGGGCCGUGUCUUGCAUCCAGCGCAAAAUCGAGUUGUCAGCGUGAGAGAGUGUGCGAGAUCCCAAGCUUUUCCCGAUUCAUUUCGUUUCUUCGGUACAAUAACCGAUAAACAUAGACAAAUUGGCAAUGCAGUGCCACCACCGUUGGCAGCUGCUAUCGGUCACGAGAUAAGAAAGUGUAUCCGUGAUGUAACGUUAAGCACAGAACCCAAUCUUACGAACGGCUAUAUUGCUGAAGCAACAACGAGCAAAGAUUUUAACAAUAGUUUUAACGAAAGUCACGACAAAAGCCUUGACAAAAGUAAUAAAGAUGUACCUGAUUCUCCAAUAAGUCACGACAAUGCAAACAACAAUCUUAACAACAACAAAGAUACAGCCAAUUGAUGAUAUUUUUGAUAAAAAAAUGAAGAAAGAAAAAUUAUUAAAUCUUUAUUGUAAAUGAUAUUCAGUAAUUUUAUUACUAUUUCGCUAUUUUCUAUGUGAAGAUACAGUUCAAUUUAAGUAAAUUUAGAUAAUACAUCUUUUUUGUAGGCUGUAUUGAACAGUCAAAUUCAGUUAUUUUAUUAUCAUUUCGCUAUUUUCUAUGUGAAGAUACAUUUCAAUUUGAAUUUAGAUAAUGCAUCUUUCUUGUAGGUUGCUGUAUUGAACAAUCAAAUGUGUUCCACAAGGAAGUGAAAUUGUACAAAAUCUUAUGAAUCAAAAAUAAAAUCUUAUUAAAAUAAAAAAAUAUGUAACUGGACACUGUAUGAUUGUAGUUAGAAUUUUUAAAUUAUACAUGAAGGUUGAAACUAUUUGUCAACGCAAUCACGUAAUACAUAGGCAAUUCGACAUACGUAACAUGUUCUACUUUCAAAUAUAUGUCAUUAGCUGUCUCAUGACGGUGGAAGAUCAAGUUUUUACUAAUAUUCAAUAGUGUAUACAUUCGAGUGUGAUCGUCUCGCAGUUGCGAAUAUAUAGUUGAAGGGAAUGGUACGGAAAUUUAUUUGUACCUACUUAUCUCCGAUUUUGGACGAAUUUUAUUGCAUUGGAUUGCGUUGGAUUGCAUUGAAUGACGAUUUAACUGCAAAUCGAACUGACUUGGAGUACAUUCGUAUAUCUCAUGGUAUAUCUCUAUUGUUUGGCAUCUUUUGCUUUGUAGCAUCAAUAAAAAAUAACAGUAGAAAGAUUAA